AUGAAAUAUGUUAUCGAUAUAUUUAUUGGAUCCUCAUAUUCUAUGAUGAUAUUAUCAAGCUUUAAAAAGAUUAAUUAGUCUAAAUUUAUAGAUAAUGUUAAAUUCAUCUAUAAAUUACUGAAUUAUAUAAGAUUUAUAUUUAGCUAAAUAAGUCGAACCAAACCAUAAAAAGGUUGUCGAUAUUUUUUUCUCAAAAUUAUUAAAUCUAAUAAUUAUUUCAUAUACUUUUUCUAAUCUAAAAAAUAAAGUUAAUUUACUAUCAACAUAUUUAAUUAUUGUAUGAAAUUAUUUAUGAUACUUAUUGUUUUGGUAUUUUCAACUCCAUCAUCUGUGAUUUAUGAGUUUAAUGCAAAUUCCUAAAUAAAUGAUGGAUGGGUUAUUAGAGAUAAUGACUGUUUUUUUUAUAAUUGCGGAGGGAUUUUUUAUUUUGGCUAACCUCUUAAUGAUGAUAAUCCAAUUUGGAUUAGCAGAUUAUUUUCAAAUCUACAAGACCAUUCUCACAUUUUAGUAGAGGCUAAAGUUUUGAGAAUGUAUACCUCUGAUCCUUUUGUCAUUGAAUUAGACUAUAUUACAGCUCAAUAGUCACUCACUACAUCUUCAUCUACAAGUUCAGUUUGCUCCGGUUCAUAA